AUGUCUGCAAUUGGGUCAUUAAUAUUUUGUGUCGACUGUGGCAAUCUUUUGAGCGAGUCCACGGGCGAUGCCAAUACCAUUCUUACCUGCGACAUCUGCGGAACCCAGAACAGAGAUCAUGCUUCCAGAACCAUUGUUUCCGAGUCCAAGCCGAGUGCCUUCCCAUCAUCCCUUCGAUCGAAGAGUUCGGCGGUCCGCACAUUAGCUGAGCAACGCAAGCAGGAUGAUGCUGUGAUUCAGGAGACAUGCCCCGAUUGUGGUAGGACAGAGAUGAGAUACUAUACAUUGCAGCUGCGUAGUGCCGACGAGGGAAGCACAGUUUUCUACACUUGCGAAUGCGGGCACAAGCAUAAUACAAACAACUAA